AUGCAAAGGCAAAGGUCGACGCUCAGCACGGACGACGAGACACGACAAAUCCACGACACCACCCUUACCGUCGCCAAACCCGCCAAAAUGUCCGCCCAGCAGACCAAGCAGUUCCAACAGGGUGAGCGGGUCAUCCCUGCUGCCUCCGAGAAGGCCCCCAAGUACUACUUGGCCGAGGACGACAGCCAGGCUAAGAAGGUCCGCAAGACCCAGCACCCUUGCAAGCCUCGCGCUUCCCUCCAGCCCGGUACCGUCUUGAUCCUCCUCGCUGGCCGUUUCCGUGGCAAGCGUGUUGUGCUCCUCAAGAACCUCCCCCAGGGUGUUCUCCUCGUCACCGGCCCCUUCAAGGUCAACGGUGUCCCCCUCAGACGCGUCAACGCCCGCUACGUUAUCGCAACAUCCACCAAGGUUGACAUCUCCGGCAUCGACUCAUCGGUCGUUGAGAAGGUCGGUGGCGACGCCUACUUCGCCAGAGAGAAGAAGUCAAAGGCCAAGGGCGAGGAGGCUUUCUUCAAGCAGGGCGAGAAGCCUGAGGCCAAGAAGGUUGCCUCUGGCCGCGCCGAGGACCAGAAGUCCGUCGACCGUGCCAUCCUUGCCAGCCUCAAGAAGGAGCCUUUCCUCAUCUCCUACCUCGGCUCCACCUUCAGCCUUAGAUCGGGCGACAAGCCCCACGAGAUGGUCUUCUAAGCGAUUUGACACGACACACAAAUGGACUUGGUUGCGCGGUCAAUGAAUGGAAAGGGCGCGUGGUGAGCAAUAUUACUGCGGCGCUUUGAUGUUACACCAAAAAUCGGACAUGGGCUUGUUCUUUUUUCCUCCCCCCGCUACAAAGCACUGCGACUUUCUUAUAAAAACAUGAAAAUCAUUGCUCAAAGGCUUCCAAAAUAUCAUGUCCGAGGCGCGCAUAGUGCCGCAACGACCUUUUUUCUAAUUUCCAUAACUUCUUCUCUCAGUUUCAUUCGUCACUUGUCUACAGAUUACAGUCUCUCCAUACGAUCGUCGAACAACGCCUCGCCAGGCGCACGCAUGUCCAACCUCCCCUGGAACUUCCUCUCGAAUCUCUCAGCACUCACCACAAGCGCCUUUGGAAACCACUCCUGUUC